CAGGGGCAUCCCGAUGCCGCCGACGGAGUACACCAGGCAGUUUUUCACCGACUGGACAGACGCCAGCGGCGUCCGCGAGAUCCAGCACCAGUACGACAAGAUCCGUUCCGAGGCCGAUGCGAGCAGCAGGAGCGUGCAGGAGGAGCUGAAGGCGAAGGGGUACGCCAGCCACGCGGCCUUCUGCGCGGCGUGCCCGCGCUUCGGCCUCUGGUGCUGGCCCACGCAGUUCGGGGAGCUCGGCAGCGGCGUCGUGCUGUAUUUCCACCUGCUGGCCCUCAUGAUGACAAUGUUUGUGUUUUUUAGUGCGCUGCAGAUCUACCCCAUGGUGGUUUACGCACGGGGGGACUACCUUGCAGGGUGGCAGUUCACAUGGUGGGUCGACUUGUACAAUUCGAACAGCGCGGAGGUCUGCCAGUGCGUUGGCUAUAACAAUGGUCUGACAGGACCUGAUGGUGACCCCGACUACGGCACGUAUUGCAGCACCUGGGACAUGGCUGUCGACCACAGCUCCUUCGCCAACCCGGGCAGGUGGACGUGUGGCGCGUGGUGCUUCGCGUCGAAGAGCUGCCCUGCGCCCCUGCUGGCCGGAGCGGACACGCCGCUCUCCAACCGCGUGCAGGCUCCGAACGACAGCCCCCGCCCGUGGGACAGCGGCUACAGAGGCCUCGUCAGGGCGUACGGCACCUGCGUGCAGGACACGGCCGUCCUGGACGCGUGCACCGCCACUGGGAGCGGCGCGUACGGCGAGAGCGGCGGAGGCACCAUCGGCACCGUGGACGAGGGCGAGGCGUUCUACGCCACCGACGCGGGCUGGCUGAGCGUGGGCAACCACGGGCAAGACGCGCUCGGCGGGCAGGAAGCCCGGGCGAUCUGCUCCAUCUACUUCGUGUGCCUGGUGGUGCUGUGCGGGUCGGUCUUCGUCGCCUACCAGCUCAUGGUCGUAACCGACACGCGGUUGGACGCGGACCUGGUUCUCCCCGACGACUUCGCGGUGAUGUUCCAGGGGCUCCCAGUCACGGCCACCGACGAGAAGUCGCUGAAGGAGUGGUUUAGCAACAACGCGGUGCGCGACAAGACAGUCGAGAUCGUGAAGGUCGUGAUCGGGUGGGACUUCGGCACGUUCGCUUCGCUCAUCAAAGAGAUGAAAUUAUUGAAGAGGCGUCUCGAUGAGCUCGACAGCUCUGGGACCACCGGCCUCAAGAGCUACUUCAGCUGCCUGCUGUCCGCGCCCGAGACCUCCGUCGACGAGGCCAGCGUCGAAGAGGAGAAGGCCAGCAUCAAGGCGAAGAUGGCGGAGAUCUCCAAGUCGCUGAACACGGCCUCCAGCUCCGCCGAGAUGACGUCCUCGGGGGUGGUGGUGGUCGUCUUCCGCUUCCAGGAGGACAUGCGCCUGUGCCUGCGCCGGUGGAACUCGUUCUACCAGCGCUGGUUCUACCGCGACGGCCUGGACGCCUGGAUGUUGCCGAAGGGCAACUCGUUCUGGCCGGGGGGCAAGCUGCCGAAGUUCCCUGUCGGGGACAUACCCAUCUUCAAACUGUUUGCCGUGCGGGCGCCAGUGCCAGGCAACAUCCACUGGGAGGAGCUGGGGGUGCCCGCUUCCAUAAGGUACAAGAUGAUGGCGAAAACCAAUGCCGUCAUGGCCGUCAUCAUCUUGGUAUGCUUGGGGGUCACCUGGUCGUUGAACGUGUUCCAGGACUGGUUGAGAGAAUCGGGCGACACGGGGGUCGGAUUCACACUGCUCGGCUUUUUGCCUGCGAUCGGGCUCGCACUGUCAAAUGUCGCCAUCGUGGCCGCGGCCAAGAAGACUGGCGAUGCGGAGUUCCAUGACACGUGGACGUCCGAGAACUUCUCACAGAUGACCAAGAUGGCAACGGGCCUGUUUCUCAACACUGCAGGGGUGAUGUUCGUGGUGAACGCACAGCCCAGGGAGUGGUACCAGGCAGGCGGCCUCGUGUACGACGUGACAAUAUUCCUCAUCUUCACCAGCAUGAUUCCGGCGUUCAUCCCUCUUGUGGACAUUGGGUGGCUUCUGAAGUUGAGGAGGCGUAAGCAGCUGACAGACGCGAAGCUCGAGGAGUGGAACGAGGUGAUCAGGCGCGGACCUCCCAAGUCUGAGCAAAUGAAGCAGGACUACCAAAAGGUAGUAAAGGAGGUCGAAAUUAUGAAGCUCGCCUUCACGCCUUCUGAGCUGAAUACCACCAGGCGAUUCGCCAACGCGCUCAAGACGUUCAUGGCGUGCGUUCUGUACAUGCCGGUGAGCCCCUACGUCUCCUUGGUCGGAUUCUUCGGGAUUCUCGCACAGUACUGGGUGGACAAGUACGUGCUGCUCACGUGGGCCAAGCGACCGCGCAGGCAAUUAUCUCGGGAGUUGCCGCUGUACUCCUUGAAGGUGAUCAAAUACACGAUCCCUCUCAGCUUCUCCAUCUCGACGUGGAUGUUCUUGACGCCAUCCCUGAAGGAUAAGUCGUACGGCUUUGACAACCUGUGGCUGAUGCUCGCCGUCACGGUGAUCUACACCCUGUUUCUGCCCUUCAGCGUGUGGACGAAGCCUUUUCUCAGGUGGUUUGACACUCACCGCGAGGAGGGGAUAGACUACUACCAGGCGCAGUUCAUGUGGACCAAGGAGAUGAAAUACCACAAGGACCAGUUCAUCUACAAGAAGCUCCCCGAGUCGGUGAACCCAGAAAUGCUGAGCCCAGACACCGAGACGGUGAAGAUGGACGCCGUCAAGGCUUCCUACGGAGCGGCGCUGGGGGCGGCGGGCGCCGCCGCCGCGGGCACUGUGGAGGAAGCGAAGCCUCUGAUGCUGAAGGGCGGCAUGACGGUCGGGGAGGACGAGGCCAGGUCGAGCUACGCGGCCGCGGGCGAGGAGAGGCCGCGGUCGAGGAGGGCGCGGCCGCACCCGCGGAGCCCGCGGAGCCCGCGGCCGUCGUGGUCGGGCGGCCCGCGGAGGAGGAGCGUCACGGCUCCGCCCGCGGCCCCGCCGAAGGGCGGGGAGAAGGGCGCGGGCAAGGGCCAGGGCAAGACGGGCAAGACGGGCAAGAGCAAGGGCAAGGUGGUGUGGGAGUUCAUGCACGGCGACCACUUCUCGCCGUUCCAGGAGAACUCCCAAAAGUUCAUCGAGGAGAGAUA